AUGCCUCCACAAACAAUGCUUCGUUUCGGUUCGACUGAUAACAUAUCCAAGCGAACGAUUCCCGUUGUUGAUCCGGUAGAACAAUCGAAAAGAGAAUCGCGUAAAAUAGGUAGAAACUCGCAUUCACAACAACAACCUUCGCACAAUAUUAGAUCAUUGUCCGAAGAGUCCGCCGAUGCCGAAUCGGGAUGGUCAUCGGACAGGUCUCAUUGGAAGCCGCGAAAGUAUACCCGUAACUCUAACCGUCGCGAACGUGUGCCUACUGAUGAAUGUGAAUCACGAUUGAACAGCUUACAGAAUAAAGAACUAGAAAAAGUGAAGCAAUCAUUCAAAGUGGCAGAAGAGACUUUAGACACCACGAACUGGAUUAGUCAUAGAAUUGAACUGGCAGAUGAAGCCAAAAAGCUUCCCCCAGUACGAAUUAAUCCCUUCCCGAAUUCACCGAAAAGACAAGAACAGAUCAAUGAGGAACUGAAUCGAAUGCUAGAACGUAAAAUCAUCGAAAAGUCCUACAGUGACUGGGCUUUACGCCUAGUCCCUGUAGACAAACCCGAUGGUUCGACGCUUUAUCUAGGUCUGUGGAAGAAAUUGCACAAGUUUCCGAUCAACCAGGAUGGUAUGCGGAAAUGGUACGAAAAGUUGAAGACCACCCGGAAAAAUAUAAAGAUUUCCGAGUCGAACAGGGGAUUUUAA